CCAUCAUUUUGGAACACUAUUGUGUUUUGCUUAAAGGUUUCGGGUCCCCUAGUUCGUGUGCUUCGUUUGGUUGAUGGUGAAAAAAAAGCUCCUAUGGGAUACAUCUAUGAGGCCAUGAAUAGAGCUAAGGAUGCAAUUGUGAGAAGUUUUAAUGGAAAUGAAGAGAAGUACAAAGAAAUCUUCAACAUCAUUGAUAAGAGGUGGGAGAUUCAGCUUCAUCGGCCUUUGCAUGCAGCAGGGUACUUUUUGAACCCGGAAUUCUUCUAUGAUAAGCCAGAAAUAGAGUAUGAUGCCGAGAUUAUGAGUGAUUUGUAUAAAUGCAUCUUAAGGCUAACAAGAGACCCUGCUAAGCAAGAAAAAGUUGUGGCCGAAGUGAGUUUGUUCACAAAUGCCCAAGGACUAUUCGGGAAUGAGUUAGCUGUUAGGACAAGAAAGACUAGAGCACCAGCUGAAUGGUGGGCUGCAUAUGGAGCUUCAGCUCCAAAUUUGCAAAAGUUUGCAAUGAAAGUCCUCAACUUAACAUGCAGUGCAUCAGGUUGUGAACGGAAUUGGAGCAUCUUUGAAAAUAUUCAUAGCAAGAGGAGAAAUAGGUUAGAUCAUCAACGCUUGAAUGAUUUGGUGUACAUCAAGUAUAAUCGAGCCUUGAAGAGAAGAUACAAUGAACGUAACACCAUUGACCCAAUUUCCUUGAAAGAUAUAGAUGAUAGCAAUGAAUGGUUGAUAGGGAGAAUGGAAGAUGAGGAUUCUCAUGGAGAGCUGCUAGAGCUGAGGAGGCCAGGUUUGAUACUAGAGCUAGAGCUAGAGCAAGCUCAAGCAUAA